AUGAUACAAAAUAAUGAGAAGAAAGCUGCUUCAGAGAAUGCCAUUCAAUUCGACGCAUUGGAGAAGGUGUUGCAGAAGGUUGUUGGUUCCCUGGAAAAGUUUCAGGUAAACUUGGAUGCCGCUACGGCAGAUAUUAAUAAAGUAAGUCAGCGGUCUAGUGACAUUCAGGUUCGCCUGAACAAUAUGAAGAAGGUAGAAUUUGCUCUGGGAUCUGAAAUUGACACUGGUCUUUUACCUCCUACAUUAAUAAAAACAAUAUGCACUGGCGAUUUGGAUCAUCCGAGCUGGGCGACUGCCCUCGAGCAACUUGAGAUAUAUCUUGGAGAUGAAAAGAGUGCUACUGACGAUGAGAAGUUGAUGCUGUUGUCUCAAGGGAGUAAUGAAGAGCAAAUGGAAUUGUGUCAAAAGCUAUGCUACAAAGCUAUUGAGAGGAUUCGAAAUUACAUUGUUGUUACAAUUAAAUUGUUUCGACAUGGUCUUGUUGAUGUUGCUUCCAUGCGGAAGCAUCGUUUAAUCGCAAAAAAAAGUUACUAUUCAUUCCUCUCGAAACAUAAUUCCCAACUUGCUCUCGAGCUGCGGAAAGCAUAUAUAAACACCAUGAGCUGGUAUUACUACUAUCAUUUCUAUCACUACUCUCUACUUUUAUCCCGAGUCAACAUUCUUAAGGGUGAGCUCAUCCGUCCCGAAGAAGAUAGAAAGGGUUUUUUUAUGCUUGGAAAAGGUUCAUCACAGAUUCAGUCAAGCCGGAUGUUUUCCCUCGACUUGCGUUCCCAAAACUUUGACAUCAAUUCCGUCCUUAUGGCUUCAACGCUCAAUCAUAUAGAAUCAUCGCCACAAUUUUUAGAACGUGUGUAUUUUUCAUGGGAACUUGUGUUUACAGAACAUGCUAGCGCCGAAUAUUUCUUCCUCUUGGAGUAUUUUGAGCUCUCUACGGAUGACCAAAAAACAACAUUUCAAUCAAUAUUUGACGGCACUUUACAGCUGUCUCAACAAUUCAUUUCAGACUUAAUUAGUACAAGUCUUGAUUGCAUUGCUAUUCUCAAGUGUAUUCGAUUUACUCAGGAUCUUAUUUUACAAUCACAAAAAAAUUUAGUUCCUGUUAUAGAACCUCACUAUACUUCUAUGAUCAUACUACUUUGGCCCCGUUUACAAGCAAUCAUGGAUCUGCAUUCUGAGUCAUUGCAGAAGUGCCCUCUUCCUUCGAAACCCGACGACCUUGCCACUACUCCUCAUCCAUUAACUCAAAGAGUUUCCGAAUUAUUGUACAGUCUCGCAGCACUCAGCGCUAAUUCUUUGGAAGCCGAGCCCUUGACUCACAGUAUUUCUCGAUUAUCUCAUGACUUCACGGCUUUACUCAAUAGAUUUUGCGAGGGUAUGUCCGACAAAAGAAAACGGAAUCGUUUUUUGUCUAACAACUUUACGCUUAUUUCAACAGUUUUAAGUGGUGCCCAUGGAAAAUUGGCUUCUGACCAAAAAGUAUUCUUCGAAGAACUUAAUGAGAAAGUAAACGACUAA